CAGGCAUCGGGCCCCCAGGCGGAGCGGCGGGCGCCGGGCCCCCAGGCGGAGCGAUGGGCACCAGGCCCCCAGGCGGGGCGGCAGGCACCGGGCCCCCAGGCGGAGCGACAGGCACAGGGCCCCCAGGAGGAGUGGCAGGCACAGGGCCCCCAGGCGGGGCGGCAGGCAACGGGCCCCCAGGAGGGGCGGCGGGCACUGCGUCAUCUGGCAAGGCAGUGGGCACCGAGUCACCAGGCACGACAGUGGGUUCCGAGUCAACUGGCAUGACCGUGGGCACUGGGUCAGACAUUGGAUCGUCUGGCUCGACAGCGGGCAUCGGGUCACCAGGCAUCACGUCAUUAGGCUCGACAGCGGGCACCGCGUCAUCUGGCAAGGCAGUGGGCACCGAGUCACCAGGCACGACAGUGGGC